AAGAAAAAAAAAAGAAACGAAUGUUGUUUUGUGUGCGUGCACUGCUGCAACCCACUGUACGGUACGGUACGACGAUGUGCCGUGUUUAACCGCAGAUAAAUCUGACAACGGGUGAACCGUUAAGCGGGUAAAACGGUUCAAGCGGGUUCUAGUCAAGGCUAACACAAGCCUGUGUGUGUGUGUAUAUGUGUAUGUGUGGUGAUGCCUGUGUGUUUGUUUGUGUGAGUGAGUGGUGGGUGGUGGCGCUACACUGAGCUCAACAAGUUUAUCCCUCCAGCCUCCUCUUCCACGUCCUUCUUCUCCUCCUUCAUGCUGCUGCUGAUGCUGCUGCUGAUGCUGCUGCAUGGCAUGCUAACCUUGCUCAUUGUGUAUGCGCACACUCUUACUCGUAUGCGCCGUAUGUGUCGUACAUGUGUGUGUCUGUGUGUGUGUGUGUGUGUUUGAAUGUACAUACUUACACGCGUUCAAGCGGUUGAAGCGGUUAAACGGUAUGCUAACGGGUGUAAACGGUUUGGUUCUCCCAAAGCUUAAUAAUCGCCUGACGCAAGUCGCUGAAAAAAAAAAAUACAGAAAAAAAAAAAAUAAAACAUACAAGAAAGACAAGACGCGACGCGACGAGAGGCAAGGCAACGCAGCGACGACUAAUUGGGAUAGUCCCCGUCCCGGCCCGGCCCGGCCGUGCGCCGUUUUUGUUCGGGUCAGUGUCGUUUGGGUCUUUGCCAGCGUCUGGCCUGCGCCUGGCCUGGGUAGAACUGAGAACUAGACAAGAGAACCUGAGUACCGAGUACCAUGUCGCCGCCGCGCAAGCUGAGCCGCUACCUGAUGGCCGUACGCGGACGUGGCCAGAACCAGGAGACGGAGUACAGCAAAACUGCACAAAGCGACGAGGAUAAGCAGCGCGAUCGACAGCGAAACGAGCGCGAGGCCAAAAAGGAAGAGCAGGACGCCAUUAACUACAAGCGCGACAAGGAUCAACGGGAGGCACGCUUGCUGGACUUUGAGAUACGGCGUCAGCAGAAGCGCGAGGAGCAGAACCAGCAGCGCCAGCAGCAGCACCAGCAGCAUCAACACCAGCAGCAGAAGGAGCAGCAGCAGCAGCACCAGCACCAGCACCAGAAGGAUCAAAAGGAGCUUAAAGAGCAAUCAUCAUCGUCAUCGUCGCACCAUUAUCCGCCCAGCGAAAAGAGUCCACCAACAGCAUCCACAUCCCAGCAGCAGCGCCAGCAAUUGCAACUGCAUCAGCAACAGUCAACACAUCAACAGCAGCAGCAGCAGCAGCAGCAGCAGCUGCAGCAGCAGCUGCAGCAGCAACAGCAGCAAGGCACGACCAGCGGCAGUGGGAGCAGCAACACACCCGUGACACCAAAGCUACAGACCCCGCCUCCAGAUCGCUGUAUACCGCCAGCGUUUCGUAGCCGAUCCAUUGAGCGAGAAAUUCACUACGAGCGCAAGCGUUACUCCACUCCGGAAUCGGCAGAGAUCAAGGAGCUUGCAAGCACAGCAUCAUCAUCGUCCAUUCAGCAGAAUUUUGCAGCAGGCGUCAGCGGGGGCGCAGUAACAGCAGGCAGAGCAGCGUCUGCGUCAACGUCAACGGUAGCAGCAGCAGCGGUAACGGGUCAAACGACGACAUUGGCGGGGCCGCCGGCAACAGCUGCAGCUGCAACAGCUGCCAUCAUUCCCAUCUUGCCGCUCGGCGUUGCCACGCUGCGCGAUGAUUCCACCGAGUCCGAGCAGUCCGUGACAUGUGCACAGAACCAGCAGGAUGCCUACCAUCGCAUCAUGUGCCGGGCUCCAAUCGCGUCACUCGACUGUAUGGAGGAGUUCAGUGGUACGGGCGGUCAUCUUGAUUUCGGCCGCUCGAUAAGCCUCGGCUCGAAUCCGGCCCUGCCGCUGCGCCAUGGCUCGACACCGACGCCGGGGCUGCGCUACAAGAAUCUGGGCAAGAGCGGCCUGAGGAUCUCCAAUGUGGGCCUGGGCACCUGGCCCGUCUUCUCGCCGGGCGUCAGCGAUGAGCAGGCGGAGGCCAUACUCAAGCUGGCCAUCGAGAGUGGCAUCAAUCUGUUUGACAUCUCGGAGGCCCACUCCGAGACGGAGAUCGGUAAGAUACUGCAGCGUGCGGGCUGGAAGCGUACCGCCUAUGUCAUCACCACCAAGGUCUACUGGAGCACCAAGUCCGAGGAGCGCGGCCUCUCGCGCAAACACAUCAUCGAGUGCGUGCGGGCCAGCCUGCAGCGCCUGCAGCUGCAGUACAUCGACAUUGUCAUCAUCCACAAGGCGGAUCCCAUGUGCCCCAUGGAGGUGGUUCGUGCCAUGAGCUAUGUGAUACAGCAGGGUUGGGCAAUGUACUGGGGCACGGCACGCUGGAGUCAGGUGGAGAUCAUGGAGGCCUACACCAACUGCCGGCAGUUCAACUGCAUCACACCGAUCGUCGAACAGUCCGAAUAUCACAUGUUCUGUCGCGAGAAGUGCGAACUCUAUCUGCCCGAGAUGUACAACAAAAUUGGCGUGGGCCUCAUGGCCUGGGGACCCCUAUCGAUGGCGCUGAGCGACACCCAGAACGGUGACAAGAUCUUUCUGCCCAAGGGCUCAUUCAAAACGAAGAGCUUCUCAUGGACCGAGGACGAGAUUAAUCGAAAUGCGGCUCUUUCGCCGCAAGGCAGCUGGGGCAAGGACCGCAUCGAGGAGGGGCGACGCCACUGCGAUCGAUUGCGCGAUUUGGCCGCCCUGGCCGAGAAGCUUGGCUGCAGUCCCACGCAGCUUUCGAUCGCCUGGUCGCUAAAGCACGAGCCCGUCCAGUGCCUUCUGCUGGGCGCCACCUCAGCCGAGCAGCUUCAUCAGUCACUGCAGUCCCUGCAGCUACUGCCGCGUCUGUCAUCGAGCGUAAUGCUGGAAUUGGAGCGGAUAUUGGAGAAUAAACCGGUAAGGCCGCCAAUGAUAUCGACGCUGGCGCUACGGUGACAAUCAGCCUGCCCGCAGGGGCCGCUCAGCCUGAGCGGGGGUGGUCCCUGCGGCGCCGAUUCACCCAAGCAUGUCGAGGAUGAGGCCUUCAUUGAGGAGGUGGACGCUGCCAAGGAUGCUGCUAAGCAGGGUUUCUGUCUCAUUCAGUGACGAAAGGAGUCCUUAGAUAAUGAUAAUAAAUUUUUGAAAGUGAUUAGUAGUAAAACUAGCCUAAGUAGCAAUACUAUGACGACAACAAUAAGCAAGCAAGAACUACAACAGCAGCAGCAUCAGCAGCAGCAGCAGCAGCAUCAGCAGCAGCAGCAUCAGGCCAUCACCAUCCACAGCAGCUCGAUGACAGCCGGUGGAGGAUACUCGGUGGUAGCAGCAGGAACAGCAGCAGGAACAGCAGCAGGAACAGCAGCACCAUUUGCCUCUCAGUCACAAUUUGACACGCUCAACAACAACUACGGCAGCAGCCUCACGAAUACCAAUACCAAUAACAUCAACGAGACACCGCCACGUCGCUCCCUGCUCAACUUCAAGUCCCUGGACUUUCACAUAAAAUCCCUGUACAGUGGCCUGCGCACCGGCAGCACCAGUCCCAGCAGCCAUCCGAUCAGCGCUCAGGCUGGUGUUCAGCUGCCAGCGGCGGACGGCGUCCAGCGACGAAUGCCGUAUCUGCGCAUCGAGAGUGUCGAUCCAGAGGGUGAGCCAGGUGGAGCAGCGGCAGCAUGCUCCAGGCGAGAGUCGGUGGCGGGUCAGCGAUUGCAGGUCUCGCCCAGCCUCCUCUCCCCAUACAGUGGACUGGGUGGAGGAGCUGCAACAGGCGGGGGUGGGGGUGGAACAGGAGCAAGCCUGCUGAUGCCCUCACCGGAUGGUUCAACCAUACGCCGCUCCUCCACCUCCGAUAUUGUGGCCUGCCGCCGUGGCGGUGGAUCCCAGGACAGUCGCCGGCCCAGCACCUCGGAUCUGCUGCGGCGGGCCAGGGAGAGGCGGGGCAGCGAGGCGCGCAUGGGUCGCAGUGUCUCGCAAGGCGGCCUGACGCGAGGAGGAGGCUCAUUUGGCGGUGGACUGGGUGGCAGACGCACCAGCAUGGCCUUCUAGAAAAGAGGAGAGGAGAGAAGCGAAGCGAGGCAGGAGAUUAAAUCAGAAAUCGGCUGACUAAAUGGCGCUUAUGAAUUUUUAUCUAGAGAAAAACAACAACAACAAAAACAAAACAAAAAAUCAGCAUAUAAGAAACAAAUUUUUUUUCCGUCGAUCUAUCAUUAUUAUUGUUAUAAAUUAUAAUUGUUAUUGCUCGAAUGAAGAGAACUCAAGUUAAAAACUUAAAAAUGCGUAUAUAUGUAGAUUAAUGGAUGG